UUGAUUAUUUAGACUGGGGAUCCGUGAGGAGAAACUGCACGCGCACACUUUCCUCUCUCUUAGCGCGCGGCGCUCGUGAACUGCUCGGCGGGUCGCGCGCUCUUGCCAGGGUCUCGCGCUUCUUCAUUCACGGAGCGGAGGCGGGAGUCGCUCGGUUUCUGACUGUCGGUGAGCAGAAGACAGGAGUCCACUGACGAGCAGAUUAAACUCUCUCUCGUCCACUGUGGAGCAGACUUCGGUACAUUUGAGAGUUUCACUCGAGUUUUAUUGGAGUUUCAUUCAGGUAUACUGAGAGCUACUGUACCUCCGAAAGUUUUGAGAGUGAAAGAGUUUGAGCAGCUGUUCUCCAUCAGUUUACCGCUGGAGAUCCUCCUCUGACAGAAGACGUUUAAAAACUCACUUUCUGAGCCUUUCACUGCGCGUUAUAGUUGCAGACAUGGAUAAAUACGAUGAUCUGGGACUCGAGGCGAGUAAAUUCAUCGAGGACUUGAACAUGUAUGAAGCCUCGAAGGACGGCUUAUUUCGCGUGAAGAGAGAUGCGGGAAACAACCCGGAUUUUGAAGAAACCAGGAAAGUUUUUGCCUCGAAAAUGACCAAAAUACACAUGCAGAAGCAGCAAGAGGAGAUGGCAAGAAACAGGAUGAAUGGAAGUCACUCGAAAGUGUCAGAUAACACAUUUUACACCAAAGACAGACCACCCAUCAAUAGUUGUAAACAGGGUGGUGAAGCAGCAGCCAAACCACCCAUCAUCUCUGGACCAGUGGCUGGGACUCCUUACAUAUCUUAUGAAGGACAAAAGCAUAAUUUUGCCAGCUUACCUGAUGGAUCCAGCAACAGGGUCUAUGACAUUAAGGAGACUGGGAAUGUUGUUAACCCAAUACCAGUGCCAGCCCGAUCGGCACCCUCUACCAGCCCCCCUGGCACAUGGGCAUCAAGAAGUGUUUACCCAUCUCCGACGCCAUCAUCUCCUUUCUCCAACAGUUCCUCCUCUUCCAGCUCACCUGGAGCGGGUCAGAAUUAUUCUCCAGUGUCUCAGGGAUACCCUCAAACAGGGAAGUCUCCCUCUCAGUCGCCCACAGGAACGUGCAGGGAUGCAUAUCACCAGCCUCAACAGGCUAGCCCUGUUCAGCACUGCCAACGAGACUCUGACCAUUGGUCUGCCAGUGGACCGACGUAUCUAAACGGGGGAGCUCAUAAUAUUGGCACCCCCUCCUCUACCCAGGUGACACAACCUCCAUUGUCUCAUGGAGGGAAGCAAGGUGAGCCAUCCCAACCCAAGAGCCCUGCACCCGGUAACCUGACAGUGCCCGCUGCUACCCCAGUUGAGUCGCCCCAUGAUGAGUCUUCCAGCCCUUCUCGGGCGCUCAAGCUGCCAUGCCAGACCCUCCAUGUACAGACGGAUCAGGGGCCAUCUGCGGCUGAAAUUAAAUUAGAAGCUCUAACUGAACGCCUGGAAAAGGAGAUGGACGCCCAGCCAAAGGCUGAGUACUUUGGCAGCUGUGUGAAGUGCAGCGAGGCGGUGUAUGGAUGGAGUCAGGCGUGUCAGGCCAUGGGCAGUGUGUACCACGACAGCUGCUUCACCUGCAGCGCUUGCAGUCGAAAGCUCCGAGGGAAAGCCUUUUACUACGUUUGUGGGAAAGUGUUUUGUGAAGAGGACUUUCUGUACUCUGGGUUCCAGCAGUCUGCCGACAAAUGCAACGUCUGUGGACAUUUAAUCAUGGACAUGAUCCUGCAGGCGCUGGGAAAGUCUUAUCACCCAGGCUGCUUCCGCUGCACCAUCUGUAACGAGAGUCUGGAUGGAGUGCCUUUCACUGUGGACACGGAGAACAAGAUCUACUGCGUGAAGGACUAUCACAGAGUUCUUGCUCCUAAAUGUGCAGCAUGUAAUCAUCCGAUCCUGCCCUCUGAGGGAUCAGAUGAAACCAUUCGGGUGGUCUCCAUGGACCAGGACUACCACGUGGAGUGCUAUCACUGUGAGGACUGUCAUGUGGAGCUGAAUGAUGAGGAGGGUCACCGCUGCUAUCCUCUGGACGGACACCUGCUGUGUCACGCGUGUCACCUCAAACACACGGACCCUGCUGCCAACAACUACCACAGCCAGGUUUAAACAUCUGCCACCCCCAGAGAGUCUCAGAGACAUCACCGUUCACCAAAGACACGCCAGAAAUCACCACUGAGACUGAGAUUACAACAUUAUUAGCAGUAUAUUGUAUUGUAUCUGAAUUAUUUACUUUACUGUUUUGUUUUUUUUGCAUUUAUUAAUAUUUUAUUAGUUUGGAUACAAAAAAGAAAAUAGUUUAGCCUUGUUUGUAUAAUACAAACGCUGUAAACGAUGAGCCUCUGGCUUCUGCAGAAAUACCGCUACAGAUUUCUGUAAGUAGUGCAACCAUUACAUUAUUCAUUACAAAACUUCAUCUGAAUCUCUCAAAUGGCACCUAAGAGUAUAAACAUUUAUUUAAUUAAAACUGUGCUCAGUCAUUGUUUUUAUGGUCCAGUGCUGGUCAAUAUGGUCCAUUGUUAUAGACAGCAAGCAGAGUAGAUGCUACAUCAUACAAAAUCUUAUUAUUAUUAUUAUUUUGGUUAUUGAUGCCAUUGCAGACAUACCUAAUACACAGCCAGCCACAAUUUAUUACACAAAUGAAAUAAUGCAAUAACAACAAUCUUUUAUUUAAUGAGGAAAAAGUGACACGGUGCAACAGACCAAAUAAACAGACAUGCCUAUUUAUGAAUGUAUAUUUAUUACAAUCACAGUAUUUAUUACAAGCCCCAGCUUCAUGAACAUUAGGAAGUAAGCUUUUAAUGGUCUAAUGCGAUUUCAUUUUAACUGACAAACGUGAAAAUGAAUUGUUUAUUCCUAAAGCUAAUGCAGAUGUCUGUGCAUGUGUCCGUACUGACUGGAUGAUCUGUCAUCUGAAAUCAAACGGAUCUUAUUUACUUUCUAAAAGAGUGAGUUCUCGAGUGCAUCCUCACAACUCACAGGGCUGUUAUUUCAGACCUACAGCUUCUGUUAAAGACACUCACUGUUUGUACAUUUUGUUGUUUUGUUACAGUAAGUUGAGUUGUUUGCAAAGUUUGGUCAAUUGGAUCAAAAGCUAUUCUUGAGAAAUGCACAAAUGUAACUCCAGCUUUUCUCAACUAUAUAUUGUUUAAAGUUAUUACUGGAAGUACUUCAUAAAUUAUUUGUAUGCCUGUUGCUUUGAUUGUUUUCAUUGGUUAAGCCGUUGAUUGUGUGCUCUCAGAUCUCCCUCGGUAUUACUUAUCCAUCUGCUCCUAUUAAAAAUUAGGAUGUGAUGCAUUUAA